UGCAGUGCUGGUCAGUGGAGGGGGAGAUGAGAGGAGAGCCCCCUCUUCAUCUGGUAAAGAUCCUGCCGUUGGGCAGCUUUCACGCUCCACUGACUGAUCCUUCCAGGAAGUGAGGGGAGGUACAAGGACCCCCCCACAGAGCCCCAGCAUGUACCUUGGCUGCAUGCUGAGCCCAAAUCAAAGGGGGCAGUCUGUCCUAAGCCUGGGGGAGAAAGAGCCUGCUGAGUGUGACCAGAGACAUGGUUGGUAGCAAGUGAGUCCAGCCCUUCAGAUGAAGAGCCUUCAGUUCCGGAACAUCGCCCCCAAGGCCCCGGCCGUGGUGCCCUCCCCCUCCCCUGCGGUCCUGUCCUGCCAGCCUCCCUCUGCCCUCCCUGAGGCUACCACCGCCUCCAGCCCCAAGUCCAUCAUUGUGCCCACCCAAAACUAUGCACUGAUGCAAAUAGCCGGUCAGGAUGGCACGUUCUCCCUGGUGGCGCUGCCCCCUUCUGUCUCCUCCCAGACACCACAGCAACAACAGCAACAAACCCAGUCAAUCCAAAAGAACCUCAAACUGCCCAUUCCCAGAUACCAGCCAGUGAGGAGCAAGGGGACCACAGAUAAGGUCAAAUCACCACCACCAGCUGCCACGAUGAAAAAGGCCUCCAAGGCUACUAUGACAUCACAGACCAAAUCAGUGGUGGGUGGGUCAUCAACAGCUGUAAAGAAAAAACAGGAGUCCAAGCACACAAAAGAAACCUUAGUGCCGAAAGAGGAACCAUCCGAGCAGGUAAUUCUGAUUGACCCGGGCUCCUCGGACAUCUCUGUCACUGCUCUGCUUCCAGACAAUGCUGUCCUGUAUCCCAGCUCUCAGUUGGAGCGAACGCCAGAUGGCUCUGAACGAUCCGCUACAACUGGCCUUAUUCAGAACCUCCAGUACCCCCCUACUGCUGUCAAAAGCUCCCCAGUCAAAUCCUCAGAGGAAAGUAAGACCACAGUGAGGCUGUGCCAAUCCAACCCCACCACAGGCCAGCCCCAGAGCAGUAUCACUGUCCUGUCCCCGGCCAUCUUCAGCAAAGCAGUCCAGAUUAUCCCAUCCCCACCUAAGGGUAAACUGCCCAUUCUGCCCUACUCUAAAAUGAAGAGCACCCUCAUCCCAGCUGCCAAGCUCAGCAGUUUGUCACCAGAGAAGAAGGAUUUCUCCAGCCAGACAGGACACACCAGCCCCAUAGAUCCUACAUCCAAGACCCUCGAGCCAGCCGAAGCUUUGAGUCACAACCAGGUGUCAAACUCUGCUCUACAGCCACAGGCCAAGACCACACUCAUGCCUGUUUUGGGGACCAUCCAGAAACCACCCGGCAAGAAGCGAGGGAGGAAGAGAAAGACAAUGGAAGACAUCUUGGCAUUUGAGGCCCGAAAGAAGAGGUCCUUGUCCUUUUUCCGUAGAAGGGUCCCUGAGAAGCCGCCAGCAGUUGUUCCUGGCUCCAAGCAAAAGGAAGUUGACAUUUCAAAGAAGUACCGGAGCAUCCGCCCCAAGCCCAUGUUGGUUAUGGAAACAGUUCCCCAACUGGUUAGUCUGCCUGCCAUUACCUCAGAAGGCCAGGAACAGGAGCUCGUACUUGGUCCCCAGCUCCCCACCACUACUCCAACCAAGGCCCCUGACUGUCCUCCCCAACCAGCCCCAGUGACCCUCCACCUGAAAGGUGCCUCCCAUCCCAGAGUGUUCAUAGGCAGCCGUCCGCUGCACCGCUGUCCCACCUGUAGCCGCUGUUUCCAGUUCAAGCACCACCUCCAGAGCCACAUGAACAGUCACACCAACAGUCGGCCCUACGCCUGUCCAGUGUGCCGCAAAGCCUACGCUCACUCCGGCAGCCUGAGCACCCACAUGAAGCUUCACCACUCGGAGGUACGACCACGUCGCUCUCUGUGCUGUGAGUUCUGCGAGAAGGCCUUUGGGUAUGUGGGGGUGUACUUCAGUCAUCUGAGAGAGGUCCAUAAGGUGGUGCUGACCGUAGAACCGUCGAUCAGCCAUCAUGAGGAUGACAUGUCUAUUGAGGGGGCCAACUCCCCAGAGCCAUCAGAUGAGCAGGACCAUGAAGACCCCGUGGAGCUGCAGAUCAAAUGUGGUCGUUGUCAGGCGAUCACUCCCACCUUUGCUGACAUGAAGAUGCACUUACUGUACGUGCACAGGGAAGAGGUCCAGGUUCGACUUUAUGAUGGCCAACCUUUGCGGGGGGGCCGCGAGGUUGAGAAAGAACUGGUCAAGCACGCAGCCCACUAUUGGCGGCAAUUCAACGAGAAACACAACCUGGUAAAGUGCGGCAGCUGUGACGAGGAGUUCUUCUCCUUCUCCAAGCUCAAGAGGCACAUCAUGUCCCACCACCGGGGAAGAGAGGGGACAGACAGCGCGACCAUCUCAUCACCAGACAGCGGUGGAGGACUCGGUGUCCUUGCGGCAGGUGCAGCCUUUAACUGUGUGCUGUGCAGCGAGGUACUGGACACUAAGGAGGGGGUUAUGGAGCACUGGAGGAGUUGCCACCACUGUGAGAAACCCAGCCUGCUCUGGGACGCCCUGAGCUCCUACCCUGGCCAGGAAGAAUGUGAGGCGGACGGGGAUCUGGACACUCCUGCUCUAAGCCCACACUAACCAGCCUGGCCCUCGGAGGGCAUGGAGCCCUUCACUGUGGCUCCUCCUCAUACACACUCAGUCCUAACAAUCAGCAGCACAGGGAUGGAGGGUCUCUCUUAUGUCUUUUACCACUAGUUUCAUCUUUCACCAGUUCAGGCUUUUGACGUGGGCCAAAAGAAAGGAAAGGAAAAAGAAUGGUGAAAACUGAUCUUUGUGUUACAUUUCAUAAGAGAGAUUCUCUCUAGGUCAGAAAAUCCAAUUUUAUAAACAAUAUUAUUUUCCAUGUUAUUUUGAUUGCACUGUUUUUAUUUGUUUUUUGUUUUGUUUUUUUUUUUACUUCAUUUUGUUUGGAGGUAUGUAUUUAAUAUCCUGUUGGAAAUUAGAUGAUUAUUUUUUUCUACUGCUUAUUUAAAUGUUACUAAAUGGCUUAUUUAUAACCAAGCUGACACAGUGAAACUGUUAGAUGGUCAUUUCACCCAAACACUUACCUCUUGUGGUAUCUAGCCAUGCAUAUCAUUUGGUUUUAUGUGCUCAGUUUUUGCGAUAUCUGUUGCUGAGAUUUCUGCCUCCAAUCUAGAGGAAAAAUUUGAUUUCAAAAGUUCAGCACAACAACAUUUGUUUAGGCGAUUUAUGAUUAGCAGAGUGAUGACGAGGGAGAGAGAAAUGCAGAAAUAGGUCCUAGGGCAGAUACAAACCAGAGAUGUUGUGAUUCAUCUUAAAGCCAGUUAUUUAACUUGGAAGACAAAUACAUGUUCAGUUUAUAAACUGUCAUUUUUAAAUACUGCAUCUUCCACAAAAACAAUUGAAUUGACCUCCAUUGUUUUGGAUUGCGCAGUAAUUUUAAUGAUGACGUCUUUGACAUCGACUGAAACAACCAAGAUGAUCUGCGUGGCUGAAUAGCACCGUGGGAAUGUGUGAAAUAUGUUUUUUGUUUAUUUCUUUUGAAUCGGGUGGAGUGAUCUUUUGAAAUACUGAGAAAUGUAAAUCUCACAACAAGGGCACACUGUCUACUGUCACACUGGCUGACAAUUUAUCUACUGGCCUUGGAUUAUUACAGGUUAAAAGACGUUUUAUGCGAUAUUGCUCGUGUAACAGAAAAAUCAAUAUUUUCAGUUAUGACUUGAACUUUCAGUCUGACUAAGGGCAGUAUUAGGGUCCUCUGUCAACUUGGAUCCAUGAAGAAAACACUUUUCUAACCAGCACCCAAGUGACAUCCUUGUGGCCUUCUGAAAAAAAAAAAAAAAAAUCGUUCAUGCGUAAUGUGGCUUAUCAUCAGUAUGGUCCUCUGUAGGCCAAGUUCUAUCUCCUUGACUUGUUGAUUAAUGCCUCUAUGUGUAUUCUAUGAUAUGCCAAGGGUCUAUUCACACUAGUGAUUGUAGAAGUGAGUUUUGCAUUUAAGCUUUUUAACCACUGACGGAAAACUGUUUGUCGAUUUAGUAAACACGCAAAGGAAACCAUCGAAUUGCCUACCUGUCGUUGCCAGCUCAUGUAUGCACCUGUGGAAUUGUGUGCACCCAGACUCUAUGAUUAGAGCUAAUAUAAACCGUUGUCAAGUCCAGAAAAAUAUGCUAUUUUAUACUCUAGAUUAAUACAGAUCUUUUAGUAUAUUUAUGCUUGUGGUUGGUCCUUAAAGAACCAGCACCGAGACAGUUGUUAUGUUUGCUUCUCCUAGUUUGGGGGACGCUUGAUGUCUUGUUAUUUGGUUGGGAGUUCAUUACUACAUGGCAAGUACCUCUGUUAACAUUUGUCUGUGUUUAUCUUUCAUAUAAAAAAAUAUCACAGGGUCAAGUGAAUGUACCUGAAUGUUUUAAAAACCCUACCAAAAGUAUAUGCUAUAUAGACUUAUUCUAUAGAUAGAAGAUAUAGAUAUAUUGAGAAAAAAAACAUAUAUAUAUUUACAUAGAGUAACUAGUGAAUCAGCUGCUUUGUUCUGUCACAGUGGAGGAGGGGAAACGAGAUGAAUAUAUCAUUGCCAAACCUGGCAACAAAAGCCAUGCAGAGCUGUCCUUAUGUGUCUGACACAAAGCGUAGGACUGUGAAUGAAGGGCAAAGCACUGAUGUGUACAUGUCGCACUGAGUGAGUCAAAUGCAGCAUACUGUACUACUGUUCAUUGAAUGCCAUGUUUGCGUGUUCAUCAGUGAACUGUCCUUUGUUUCCAUGCCCUCAACACAAACCAGGAAGUGACAGAAGUAAGGGUCAGACUCUUCUUUCCUCAGUUUAGAUGAGAAACACACACGACUGUCAGCACAAGUCCGAAAGUGAAAAACCCCACACCAGGUGAUAUAAUGUGUUUGGCUCAUUCAAUCUGUUGACGGUGUCCUAAAAAACAAAACAAACAAAAAAAAAAAAGACUGAAAGUGUUUGUGCUCUGUUUGUGUAUCUGAAGAACCUGAUGUUUAUGAGAAUAAAGAUAUGCUUUGUUGAAGA